AAAAUAAUCGGAAAUAUUUUCCAGUGUUUCGAUAGAUUUGUUAGAAACAAUUAAAGAAGCCCUACAAGUGCAACGUGCAAAAAUUUAUGAAACAAAAUCUCACUCACUCAUACUUAGUGUGACCAUCGGAAACAAUUAAAAAGAAAGAAAAUUCUAAGCGGGGUUUUUGACGAAAAUAACGCGCAUCCAAUAUUGCUCAACUUUAAGUCGUUGAGUGGCUGCUUGCUGAGAACAGCUGAGUUCUUUCUGUUUUUUUUUUUAACCUAAAUAAAUUAUCAAGUUUUAUUUAGCUCUUGGCGAAUAAUUACUGACAUAGCCAGUGUGGUGGUGCGCUGGAUCUUUAACCGGAAAGUAGACGGCGUACUUGGAGCAUUUGUACUAUGCAAAACGUUGGAUCCAAACCAGAUAUUCGUACGGAUGAUUUGGAUUUAGCAAAAGUCGGUUCUGCUACGCCUUCGAGCGAUUUUGAUAAAACAACUACCACCCCACUUACUGAUCCUACAAGUUCAGCCAUUCAAGUUGGAACUAACAAUCCCGAAUGUGUUCAAUCGGAUCCUGAAACACGACGAAAAAGUAAGGCACGUUCGCGCUUCACAUCAGCAUUGCGCAAACUUUCGGGCAGAAAGAAACGUGCAUCGUCUAAAGAUACCUCCACAGAAAGUUCGAUAGCUGGCGGUACAUCUGCUGAAAUCGUAUCGGCGCCCGAAACCGUUUUCUCCAGCGGCGGAGAAGAAACUGGCGACACCAAUGCCACUGCGUCGUCAGAGGCGAAACCCAAGAAAAAAAGCAAGCUAGCCAGACGCUUUUUGCUAGGCAGUUUAAAGAAAUCAAAACACAGUGCUAAGAAAAGCAUUGACGAAGAUGACGAAGCAGUUGUAGUACAGGGCAGUCAGGAAGUGGCGCCAUUUGAAGACGCAGAUGACGGUGAAUCGCCUCACGUAGAUGUCGAAGAGCGUACAACACGUAAAGUGAAAAUAUCACUCAGUGAAACACAGCGAUUUGCAUUGCGAGAGCAAGAAGACGCUGCUGGCGAACAACAACAGUUAGCUGAAGGUGACGUCGGCACAGCAGAGACGGGCUCACCAACCGAAACGGAUUAUCUGACACCCGUUGGAGAUAAAGCGCAGCCAAGUUACGAAAUCGGCGUUGACGCAGAAGUGGUAGCAACGCCGGCGACGCCAGCGGAAGACAACAUCACCGUUGCAUCGCCCGCUAAAGGUGGCGCAUUAAGCAAAAAGAAGAAGCUUAAAACUAAGAAGGGUACAUUAAAAGAAGCCGCAGUGACCAUAAUAAAGACAACUGCCACCACUAAAAGUGGAAGCGUCAGCACUGCGCCCUCAACUUCUACACAGAAACACACAGCUGCAACAGUACAAAAAACUACACGAACAACAACUGUAACUACUGACGAAAAGUUCGUUAUCACACAGAGUACGCGCGAUACACCGCCGCGCGAACGCGCUCCUGCCAAACCGAGUCGGCUACCUGCCGCUACCAACGCGCAGCCUCCAACAGCAAAUCUAACAACGCCGACCAACACCGGCGGCGCCGUACGUAAAACCAAUACUCGCACGCCGGCUACACUCACCUCGCCAUCGUUGGGGCGUGAACAGCUUACAAGUUUCGGUGCAGUUAGUAUAGCAGCAACCGUUGCGGGUAAGAGGCAACGCACAGCGAAUAGCGGUAAAAACCCAGCCACCAAGGCGGGUAGUAGAAGUCAAGCGUCAAGUAAACCGCCAUCCAGUCCGCUUAGCACGGCCAGCAGUGCUACUACCACCACAACCAGCAGCGGCAGCAGUAGCGCAACGACAGCUAAGUCAAGAAAAGCCGAUACUGAAUUGAUGCAAACUUCGCAAAGCCCACUACAACGCGGCCAUCGAUUUCCUAAACCGAGUCCGACAACGUUAACUCCGGCGGGAGAAAACGUUGGUACAAUAGCGGCGCCACAAGCGUCUGCGUCGGCUGCCACACAGUUAGCAAGUCGCAGUAACGUAACACCAAAGCUGGCAAGCCCAACGGCAACUCCAACAAUAGAACAAUCUGCCAAUGAAGGAACCCUAACAACAGUUGAAGAAAACCGCACGAAGCCAACAAACGCCACUACCGUUUCAUCAGACCCACAAGACGCGGUUGCCACCAAGGCGGACGAAUCGGCUGGCGCAUUGGAGGCAAUUCAAAAGCAGAUACAAUUUCAAUUAGAGUCUCACGCAUCUAUUAGUAAUCAAUUGUCGCAAGACGAAUACCCAACACAACAACAACAACAGCGUAACCAACAGAAACUGCUAGUCGCACCACAACUCUCGGUGGACGAUAUCGCAUCACCUCCGCAAUCGUUGCAAUCGAAUGUAUCACUGUCAGUUUAUCAUCAGCAGCAGCAACAGCAAGCACCGCCUUCGUACACUCCACCCUCCGUACCAUCACAUGGGAGUACACCGCUUGCACUACCAGAAACUCGAUCAUUGUCACAUUUCCGUCACCCAUCAUCGACUAAAGUCAUUUUUCCAGACCCAGGCAUCUACAACGACCGACGACGACAACGACGACACACUUACGCGGACAAGUCAGAAGCAUUGCUGUACAUUGCUGACGAAUCAGUUACACCAGCGAGCAGCAGUGGUGUAGACGACGUCGUUUCUUCGGCGGAAAGUGCACAACCAAGCGACUACUCGGGCAACAAUAUACGCAAUCAUUUGGCAGGACACGCAUUAAGGAGUGAUUUUGGUGAGGAGGAGCAAACGCACGGCCCUCCUUUGCAGCCAACUGUACGUUUUGCCGUCGGCAGUGUGGUACGACCCCAAGCCACAUCCUACGAAAGUCCUUUGCACGAUCACAGUUCCUGCGACUCGAAUCCUAGUAGCGACUCGCACAGCGAGGCUAGCCGUCGACGUAUACGUUACGUUUCACAACCGGACACCUUUGACGAGGAUACAUUCGAUAGCAUACUGCAAAGACGCGAAAAUUUAGGUUAUAAUCCGGGGGGACUACCUAGCGAAUAUUCGGUAGAUUCAGAAUACGAUUCAGGCGAUAAUCAGAUGCCGGCUUUUGGCGAUUUAACCAUGGAGCAGGAAGAGGAACCGACAAUUAUGACCUCGGCGAAUACAGAAAAGCGUGAGCAUCUGUACAAAAUUCUAGUCAUCGGCGAAUUGGGCACCGGCAAGACGUCCUUCAUCAAACGCUAUGUGCAUCAGUUCUUCAGUCAAAAUUAUCGUGCCACAAUCGGUGUAGAUUUCGCUUUGAAAGUACUACAUUGGGAUCCAAAUACAACCGUCCGUUUGCAACUUUGGGAUAUAGCUGGACAAGAGCGUUUCGGCAAUAUGACCCGCGUCUAUUAUAAAGAAGCUGUUGGCGCUUUCAUUGUAUUCGAUGUAACACGUAGUGGCACAUUUGAUUGUGUGACUAAGUGGAAAGAAGAUUUGGAUUCGAAAGUUCAAUUACCGGAUGGCAGUCCUAUACCCUGCAUACUGUUAGCUAAUAAGUGCGAUCAGGAGAAGCAGGGCAUUGUGACAUCACCAGAGAAAAUGGAUGAGUAUGUGCGCGAGAACGGUUUCGCCGGUUGGUAUGAGACAUCAGCCAAGGAAAAUAUCAACAUAGAUGAAGCAGCAAGGGCUUUGGUGAAUAAGAUUUUACUCAACGACAAGCUGAUCAGCGCCGCCGAUCUGGCAGACAGCGAGAAAUUUAAUUUGAACAGUUCCAUGGAACAGACGACAUCAGAAAGCAAAAGCAAAUGUUCGUGCUGACCAGUUUUUACUGAGAAAAUUCAUUGAAAGCGUUGUUUCGACAAUAAAUUUCUCCAUAAAGCUGGGAUUUUUGAAAAUUUAAAGGAAUCGAGCGUUUUUUUUUUUUUUUUUUGAUACGGCAAACUGGAAAUUCUCGCUCGACACUAUGCAUUUUCCAAGCGUUUCAUGGAUCCUGCGCCAACAAAACAGGCAUGCAUUUUCCAAGGUCAUUGCUGUUAGCCGAGGACGCAUCGAAAUUUUUAAAAUAUGUUACUAAUUAAAAACAAAAAAAAAAGUUUAGAUAUUAAUAUUAAUUCGUUGCAUAAUCAUCACUCAGUUAGAGAUGUAAUUUAAAUGAACACACUACAUAUUUUAAAAUUCAAUACACUUACAUACAUACAUACAUACCUACAUACAUAAAUUUUACCUUUACAUAGUGCUUAAGUACGAAUAAGUGAAUAAAAAAUGUCGUUGUUAGAUCCUUAGAGAAAAAAAAAAAAAAAAAAAAACAAAGGGAAGAAAAUUAUUAUAGUAACUAAAUAUAUGUAAUCACUUGUGUCAUGGCAAGCAAACAUUUAAUAUUAAACUCUUUGUAGCCGAUUUACAGAUUUUAUACGCCCGCAUAUGCAUUAUAAAAUGUUCGAACGCGUAUGUAUGUAUUUAUGUAGACGUACACGUAUACUAUUUCAGUGCCUUAUCGCACGUAAAUAUGUACUAUGUAUUUUUAAAUGCUUGUUAUGUUAAUCUUUUUUAUCAAAUAAAAUGAGAAAUGCGAUUUUUAUUGUAGAGUAUGUACAUAGCUG